GAUUGUUGAAUCCACUGUGAAGCUGGCGAUAUGAAGAUGAUUGAUGAUUUUGACCGAUUGAGAAAAACAUGAAUUCAUUCCUUCAUGCACAUUACACGCGAAUUCUCUCUACUUCUGCUUUCACAUGCGCUCUUUUCAUCUCGGAGAGGCAGUUUUCUUUCUAUACUAUACUGUAGCCUAUAGCUUGAUAGAAUCGGCUGUUUGUCAUAGUUACUAUUAUCAAAAAGGGUGGCUACAGCAUGUCUGACAGCUGUAUGUCAUAGCCAUGGGCGUUUUGUCUUGGCAAUGUGAGAGAUAAGGGCCAGUAAAAAGCGAAUUAUGCACAUGGAUAUCCAAAUUUAUCUGUGUGGAAAUACAGCCAUAUGUGACCAGCGUGUAGUCUGGAAGUAAAAUGUCUCGGUGUCUUGUGAUGCUGAAGACCUCUGAUGAAAUGGUCAACGGCACUGAGGGCGCACGGAUCCCUCGCCUCAGCUGAGUAGACGACCUCCUACGGACUUACUUCACGUCACCCCGCCUGUCUGCCUGCCGUCUCCUCCCUAAAACCUCCGCUGCGACCAUCCCUUUGAGCGACUCAAGACUGGGGGGACAAAAAAGAGAGACCGAGAGAGACAGAGGGAGAAAGUGAGAGAGCCCAGAUACGCUCAGACUUCCAACAUCUCCUAGACUACCUGCUCCUCCAGCACAACAAGGGGAGGAGGACGCACAAGUGCAGGCGCGUCCAUGCGUGCCAGCCGAAUAAGACAAUAAGCGGACAAAGGACCACAGAUCCAAUAAUUGGAAUAAGACUUUAUGCUAAGAACUCUUUGGGAAAGAGCACAGCUCUGCUACAAGAACAAGACAGCCUAAAUGAGUACAUGGUAAGAAGAGUCAUGCAUCUCAACAGAGAAGAAGAUAACAGCAAAGGCUCGGUGUCUCUCAGUGUGUUCCUGGUGUCUGUCGCAUUUGUAGUAUGUGCCGUUUGGCUGGUAGCUCUGUGUGGCGUCUGCACCUGGUGUCAACGUAAGCUGGGGAAGAGGAAUAAACCCGGGGUGGAGGCUGCCAGCUCUCCAGAUUCUGUGAGAGGUCGGGGGGAAAAUAAAGCCAUCAAUGAUCUAGACAGAGACUUUUGGAAUAACAAUGACAGCAGCAACGUGCAACAGAGGUGGAGCUCCUACCCGCCCAAGGAGUUCCUCUUAAACAUGUCUCCCUAUGCUCCCUACGGAGACCCUCGCCUCACGCCCAAUGGGGCCUUGGAUAAGGGUGGGCAGGGCGGUGCUGGACCCUCGCCGGGGGCCAGUGACAGCGGGGGUGGUGCGUGCUCUGGGUCUGGGGCAGGGCCCAGUCGCAGUGACAGCGUUCGGAGCAUGGUGACGGGGGGCAGCAAGGCUGGGCGCUGGCAGACGGUCCAGAGCCACAUGCAUGCCGGAGGCCUGCGGUUUAGCAAUUUUGGGGACGCUUCUCUCUCGUCCGCUUCCACCCUGGAGCACAUCCCGUCCUCGGCCGUGGCACGUCCUCGGCCCCUGGUCCGGCAGCAGAGCCUCCAACAGCCCCUCACUCACCAGCCCCCUCCGGGUCCUAACGACCCCCCAGUCACCUCACAAAGCCUGGGCCAGCUGCACACGGGCCCAGGCGGCGGGGGCCACCGUGGGGGCCCGCGUGGGGUCCGGGGGAGUCCGGCUGGAGCCUCCCGGUACAGAGCAGGAGCAGGCCGAUCGAGGUCAAAUCCUGGCAGCUGGGAUCACAUGGUGGAGCAGAUCCGCACCAGAGGGCUGGAUGUCAAGUCUUUCCUUGAGGGGAAGAUGGUUGUUCUGUCUCUAGCAAUCGGCCUGGCUGAACAGGAUGACUUUGCCAACCUCCCAGACCUGCAGGAAGCACCAGCAAGCAAAGAAAAUGAAACCACACCAGAAAAGAGAACUCCAGGUAACAAACCAGGCAGCAGCCCCAGAGGCCAGACUCCAGAUGAGACUGGACGCCGCCAUGAUGCCAACUCCUCUGUUUCUGACUUGGCCAACUCGGUCACCAGUGACAUGCUCAUGUUGUCUCCAGGCUCGGAGGAAGAUGAUCAUGAGGGGCCAGUGCGUGAGAAGCUCGGUCGUAUUCAGUUCAGUGUUGGAUACAGUUUUCAGGACUCCACCCUCACUGUCAAAAUUCUCAAGGGCCAGGAUUUGCCUGCUAAGGACUUUUCCGGCACUUCUGAUCCAUUUGUCAAACUCUACCUGCUGCCAGACAAGAAGCACAAACUGGAGACCAAAGUCAAGAGGAAGAAUCUAAACCCCCAUUGGAAUGAGACCUUCUUGUUUGAAGGUUUCCCCUACGAGAAGGUGGUCCAGAGGACUCUGUACUUGCAGGUUCUCGACUAUGACCGCUUCAGCAGGAAUGACCCCAUAGGAGAGGUGUCCAUCCCCCUCAACAAACUGGACCUGGCCAACAUGCAGACUUUCUGGAAGGAACUGAAACCAUGCAGCGAUGGCAGCGGGAGUCGAGGGGAUCUGCUGGUGUCUCUGUGCUACAACCCUACAGCCAACACCAUCACUGUGAGCAUCAUCAAAGCCCGCAACCUCAAAGCCAUGGACAUCGGAGGCACUUCUGACCCCUAUGUAAAAGUGUGGUUGAUGCACAAGGACAAGCGCGUGGAGAAGAAGAAGACAGUGGUAAUGAAGCGCUGUCUGAACCCUGUUUUCAACGAGUCCUUCCCCUUUGACGUGCCUGCCCACGUGCUGAGGGAGACCACCAUAAUUAUCACUGUCAUGGACAAGGACAGACUCAGUCGCAAUGAUGUCAUUGGAAAGAUUUAUCUUUCAUGGAAGAGUGGCCCCGCAGAAGUAAAACACUGGAAAGACAUGAUGGGUCAUCCUCGCACUGCCGUGUCCCAGUGGCACGCUCUCAAGGCCUGAGGAACCCAGCAGCCAACCUGCCUACAGUGUUUUUCCCCUGAGAAUUCAGCAUCAGCUUCUUAGCCACUACCCUCUGCACAUAUCUCCAACACCCCCAAUUGCAGUCAUGGGCUGCAGAUAUUGUGUGUCAUCUCUUUGUUCUCAGGCCUCUUUGAUAUCCUCCGCCCUCAGUCCUCGUGACACCAUCUUUAAAUUUCAUCCUUGUCAAGUCCUGAUUCCCACCUGACCCCCUCUCAUCCCCAUGUCUGAACAUAAAAAUGUCCUUGAUGUCUUUACUCACUACUUCCUACUUGUGCCCUAUGAGAGAUCCGUUUUGUUUCGCCCCUCAGUCUUUCCUCCACCUCGUCACACAUUCCCAGUGUUUAACAGCAGAGCAGUACCUCUUGCCACCCAUGAAUACAAACAAACAACUAAAAGUGGAUGGGACUGAUAUUCCCACCAUUCUCAGUGGUGACAAGACAGGCUGCACUCAAACAUGCCUCAAUGGCGCUGACCUGUGCGACCCAUUUACCACCUGACAUCUGGCGUUGCAGUGAGGAAUCUUCCACUCCUCACCUCUGUGUCCAAGUCCUUUUCCGUUAUAAUCACUAUUCCUCCAUACCCUUAAAAUGCCUGACAAAGGAAAAUCGACACAGGCAAUGGGAGAUUGAUGGUCUGUAUUUGGAAUUGGACUCUCAACUUGUGUUUAAUCUGUUUUUUAUUAUUAUUUUUACACUUUUCACUCUUUCUCUGGCACCGCUGUAAUAAUUCUCCCUUGGCUGGAACCCUUCGUUGUCUGUGCGUGCUGUGGGUGAUGUGCUGUAACCCCAAAUGAAGUUCUCCAACAACAACAAAAAAAAUGAACAUCGACAUUUAACUCUGGUCCAAUAGGGCAAGUGUAAAAAAAAAAAACAAAACAAAACAAACAAAAAAAAAAAAUACUAUUUUCUUGGAAAAGAAAUCCCAUAGUUUGGGGAAAAAAGAGUAAAGUGAUUAAUGUUGUGUUAUAUUUUUGGGUUUUCAAAAGAACUUAGAGAAUCAACCUGUUCUUCCAGACACAGAAAAUAAGCAAAAAGCCAGCUUCCGUAAGUGUGGAAGUGCGGGUUAAUCGGUGUGAGUGUGUGUGGUGUGUGUGUGUGUGUGUGUGUGUGUGUGUGUGUGUGUGUGUGUGUGUGUGUGUGAGAGAGAGAGAGAGAGAGAGAGAGAGAGAGAGAGAAUGAGGCAGAUUGUUGGACUUGCACAGUCUAAUUAAAGAUUGACAUUGUUGAAAACAGCAUUGCCCUCAAUAAUGAUGGUGAAAAUAAGGUACUGUUGUUAGCUGAAAAUGUGGGGAGGUCACUUAAGUUAAAGGGUCAGUCCACCCAAAUCACAAACACACAUGCAGCAUUAACUUACGCCUAGCGGUAUCAAGUAAAGCACACAGUAUUACAUGUAUGGGUGUGAUCCCCUGAGGGCACUGCUGCCACUCAGAUGCAGAGGAGAUAAAUAGGAUUUCACUGUGGAUUUGAUUUUAAUUGACGCCCUUAAAUUAAUGAUCUACAAAUCCCUCUGUGAAUGGUUUUUAUUGGAACUAAAAGAAAUUUGUGAAAACAGCAACUGCCCCAAACAAUAUAAAUUACUUAAGUACAACAAACAAAACUCCAUUUGCCUCCAUCACAUUUUGGUGGUGGGUGUCAGCACAGAAAGCCAAACUGAAAUUGUCUGCAUGGCUUGAUACCAUCAGGGGUAAGUUGGCAACAUAUUGUUUUUGUUGGCAUGACAAGUGCAAAUAAAAAAAAAAAAAUCACUCAAGGUCCCCUUAUUUGUUCAGCUGAAUGAAGGUCACAUGUCGGUAAAUGUGCACACAGUGGCGUGGCACCAAUUCACACCAAGCCCAGGACAUCAGCGACAGGGCUAAAAGCACGAAAAUCACUGAAAGCAAAGGCUGCAGCACAGCACCGCUCAGCAAUUUGUUAGUUGUGCUAUGGUGGCACUUUGUGCAAGCAGGGAAACCAAGGUGGUUCAGUGUGGGGUUUUUUUUAUCAUAAGAUCUUGGAUUCAGUGGAGCAAACUCAACCCACUGAGGGAGGACCAUGAGAUGCAGUCUAAAGAAAAAAGAUAGAAAGUGGACCUUGAGUUUAGAUUUUAUUUGUUUAUUUAAUAUUUUGUGAUUUGGGUGAAAUAGCAAUUUUUGAAUGCAGGCAGUAAAAGUCUUUGCUAAGGUUACGGAUAGUAAAAUGUUGAGAAAUCAGAUGUUCCUGUCACCCAUGAUACAAUGAGCUGCGUUAAUCUGUGCAUUAAGCCUGGAAGAGGCCUUACACACUGCAAACUCUUUCUCUUUUUUCAUUUUUUACAGAGAAUUAUGAGUCCAAGGUUGAUAUCAGACCCGAUUUUGUAUUAUUUCGAGGGUUUUAAAGUAGAUACAAGUCAGUCUUCCAGAUGUUUGUCUCACUGCCUGAAUGUGACCUCCCCCAAGUUCCAAAAAAACAUGUGCUGACUGGAUGAUGGAAACAAAUGAGAGUAAUAAUAUGGGGGGGUCUUUUCACAUUCCACUGUUCGUUUUGUCUAUUGGAUGUGGGCAUGUGUGUGUUUGCACUGUGGGUGAGUGUCUUUGAACUUUAGGCUGUGUGGCUGUAUUUGUGAGUCCCUCUGUGUGUGUAUAUAUCUGCACUGAGUUCUGUUUUGCCAGUUUAAUACAGAACGACCUUGUUUACCGUUUUUAUCCUGUAUGAAACGAUCCAGAUUUACAAAAAGAAAUGUUGUUGUUGUUUCGUUUUUUUUUUUUUAAGAGCUGUACUUAUUUAUGAAUCACUGCACUUGUUUGACCACGAUGCUGGAACAAACCUCUCUUCUUAGCAGGGUUAUUUUCCUCAUGUGUGCUUUCAAGCGAUGUUUGGUUUGGGAGGAGGCAAAUCUGUUAUACAUGAGCUGAGAGUGAAGGUCAAAGGGAAAAUGUCACAAACAAGCUUUACCGCAUCCCUAGAAAAGACCUGUUUCCUUAGACUAUAUUAAAAACAGAUUUUUCCAUUCAAAAAGAUGCAGCUACCAACAUUUCGUCCUACCUGUCCUUCUUAUCUGGUCCGACCUGAUUCACCUAGACUAAAAAAAUAUGAAGGGCGACUCCUGAAUAUCUCAGCUGACACCCCGUCAUGCACACAUGCUUUCUGGCACAAAGUGUUGUGUGUUCCUUAUAAAUCCUGCCACGCCUUGCUCUUCACCAUAUGUGCUCCCCCUCCAAGUGUCAGAGAGGAUGGGGGAGAGAGAAAAAAAAAAAAAAAAAAAAAAAGGUGAGACGGGAGAUAAUCAUCACCUCUUUGCAUCACUGUUACCUACGUCUCAGGUCAUCCCAAAAAUAACCAGGGACACAGUCGUCUGUCUGUCCUGAUGGCCUGGUGUGUUACACAAGGCAUUGUUUUUUUUGUGCUGCUGACAAAGCAUUACAUUCCAAAGGCGAACUAUUGGUUUAAUAACAGUUAGGGUUGGGUUUACUUUAGUUAAAAAAAAAAAAAAAAUUGUGCUAGAAUUGUCUCUUCACUGGCCAAAUGCCAUAAACUGGUAGAUUUUACUGGACAAGCUCGCCUCUCUGAUCUAUAGGGCAUUCUCUCAUGGGACUGCUUGAGACAAAGAGAGGUUAACCAGCAACAUUUUAAUUUAUAUAUUGUACAAAUGAUUGUGAAGUGUCCUGUAUGAAAACAAAAAAAGAAAAAAAAUCAUCAGUAUUUACUAGGGUUGUUGAUAUCCGUCUGUCCUUGGUAUCACUCAGCCCCCUCUUUCACUCCCUUUUCUCUUUGUAGUUAAACAUCCGUGGGGUGCACAAUGUUAAAUAUCAACCAUUUAUUUUUUUGGAAAUCUGUACAGUGUAUAUAAAGAUAUAAAUGUGUAUAUAAAACAAAGACA